ACACCACAGAGACGAAAGUCCGGCCGGCAAGAUGGCUGCUCUCCGAGCGGGUUUUCUCGCUCAGAAUUUAUACCGAACUCACUUCUCUAAAGUCUCGAGGUUUAAUUACCUGUAUGCAGCCCUUUUCCACAGCUCGCCACCGCUCAAUGCUGGACUUUUUGGUUUUGGUGGAGACGAUGAAGGUGGAUCUUUCUUGGACAAUUUCUAUGAAGCACACAGCCAUAUGGCAGGAAUUGAUGAAGCAGUGGCUACAAAGAAGAGCAAAAUUCAAGUUGAAACCCAAGAAAAAAUAAGUGUUCCAAAGGACACUAUACAGAUGAAAUGCUCUAGAAAAACUAAAGUUGAAGAACAACAUAGAAAGCAGAUAAUGCGAGGGGAAGUUAAUGCAGCAGCUGAAGAAACUGUCAGUGAAGUAAAACAGGAGGACGAAGCAAAUAUUAUAAACCAGCCAUGGAUCAGGGACUACAAACAACAUCCUAAGAAGGCAUUGAAAUGGUAUGAAAUUAUAUUAAUGGAAGGUCAUGGAAUGGCACAAGUAAAAAGUGAACCUGUAAAUGAAGUGAGAGAAGCUCCCUCUUCUGCAAGUUCAGUAGAAGAAGGUACAGACUCAUUGCAAGUACCAGGUAAAGAUUCAUUUACAAAGGAAAGGAUGCAAUAUGAGGCCACAGCAAAUGAGUUAGAGUCUACUGGGAAAACAGCAGAUGCUUUGAGUAGUGAGAAACAGCUUCCAGAAUAUUUAAAUGAUACAGCACAAAGUGAUCAUACAGUAGAGCAACUGGUUGCUCUAUCAAAAACACCAGAUGUUAUAGAUGAAGUAACUGGAAAUGUGGAAGCAGAAAGAGAUAUUCCUCUAGAAUCAGAGUUUGUCCAUCACCAACCAGAAUUAGAACCUAAAUUUGGACCAAAGAAUAUUGCCAAAUUAGACUUUGCUGAAACCCAAAUUCAGGAGAGAGAGAAAUAUUUAGACACUGAAGAUGAACUUACUUCUUGUCAGAAAGAAAAUCUCCAAGAAAUAGGUAAUAUUAAAAGUAUGGUUAUGAUGGAAGAUGACUUUACCCUAAGGGACUCGGAUGUCUUUCAUGAGUACCCAGAGGAAAGAGUGACAACCUUGAUAGUGCCCUUAGUAGCAGCAGAAACUGUACAAUCUAAUCCUGUUGACUUAUCAGGGGAACAUACUGAAUUGCAGGAGGAGAACCUUCAGGUAUUUGGAACUGCAGUACAAGAGGAGGCACAGUCAGUUGAGGAUGUUUUCCAGAAUGUUGAUAUUCAUGAAUAUUCUUCAAAGGAGUUGCAAGAUACUCAGCCUGAGAAUAUAGAAGGUGAUUACACCCUUGAGCAGUUGUUUGCUUUGACAAAAACAUCAGAUGGUACAGAUGAUAUUGAAGGAAAGAGGGAAGGAAUAGCUUUUCCUGAAGAUUCUGAAUUUGUCCAUCACCAGCCAGCAUUAGAACCCACAUCUGGACCCAAGAAUAUUGCCAAGUUAGAUUUUGCUGAUGUUCAAAAGCGAGUGAUGUACACAGACAUUGAAGAUGAACUGACUUCCUGCCAGAAAGAAAAUCUUCAAGAAAUAGGAACUACUGAGACUACAUAUCUACAGGAAGAUGGAUCUGGUUUGAGUGAGUCUAUUGCCCUUCAUGAAUAUCCUGAGGAAAGAGUAACAACCUUGAUUAUGCCUUUAGAAGCAGUUGUCACCAAGAAGUCAGAUCCUGUUGACAUUUCUGGAGAACUCGCAGAACUGCAAGAAGAAAACCUUCAAGCGUUUGGAUCUGCUGUACAAGAAGAACCACAAACACUUGAGGAUCCACUUCAUGGUGUUGAUAUCCACAAAUACACUUCAAUAGAAGCAGAGAGUUUGAGUCAACCUGGUGAAAAUAUGUCAAGGAAUGAAUCACAAGAAAGUCUCAGUAAUGGUGACAGAGGAACAGUGAAGCAGGAACAGGACAGAGCCACUCCCUCCCCUACCUUAACACCAGACACCUGUUCUCUGUACCAGGUACCUGAGGACACGAAGGAUGUCAAAGUAGGAACUCUAAUCGCUGUCUUAGCUCCUGAAGGGGAGGACUGGAAAACCAUAGAAAUCCCAGCUGGUGAGGAAUCUGCAGCUUCUGCAACUACUGCAGAAGAUACUCCUGCAGCAGCUGCAGCUGGGGGUGGCCAUGCUCAUGGCAAUUACGGGCCAUCUGUUCGGUUGUUGCUGGAGCAGUAUGGACUGGCUGCUGAGCAGGUUCCUCCUGGAGGUCCUCAUGGAAUUCUCUUAAAAGGAGAUGUUCUGAAAUACAUCAAGGAAAAAAGUCUUCAGCCACUCCCAGUAUCAGCAGUACCACCACCUGAAGUACCAAAACCAGCUGUUGCAGCUGCUCCAGUGGCACCAGCCCCUACACCAGCUGUUCCAGCUCCUCCACCAACUAUUGGAGUGUCAGAGGAUGGAUACGAAGAUAUUGAGGUGACCAGCAUGAGGAGAACCAUUGCUAAACGAUUAACACAGUCCAAGAGUGGAAUUGCUCAUUCAUAUGGUACUCUAGAAUGUCAGUCGGACAAACUCCUGGCCUUGAGAAAACAAUACAAAAAUGAGGGGAUUAAUGUGAGUGUAAAUGAUCUCAUCAUCAAGGCAGUGUCUGUCGCCCUUACUAAAUGUCCGGAGAUGAAUUGUGUCUGGCAGGGAGACCAGCUUACAUAUGCCAGUCAAGUGGACAUGAGUAUUGCAGUGGCUACACCCACAGGCCUUAUUACUCCCAUUGUUCGUGGUGCAGACUUUUUAGGUAUUGAGGAGAUUGCAAGCCAAGUACGUGAUCUAGCAGCCAGAGCAAGAGAAAAUAAACUGAAGCUAGACGAAUUCCAAGGUGGAACUUUUACGAUCUCCAACUUAGGCAUGUUUGGAAUAAGCGAGUUCAGUGCAAUUAUCAACCCACCACAAUGUGGCAUUUUGGCUGUGGGUUCUGGGAUUGUAAAAAUAGACGAGAAUGGUUCACCAGUCACAUGCAUGAGAGCCACUCUGUCAUAUGACCGUGCAGGCGUCGAUGAUGAUACAGCCGCUGCCUUCCUUGAAGAGCUCAAAAAUAUUCUUGAAAACCCAGUUACUAUGAUGGUUGGAGGUUACAAAUCACAAGUGGACCACCCAUUAGCAGCAUUACUAUAGUGAUAUUACAGGAGCAUCAUGAGCUAUUCUAAAUUUAUAGUUUUCAUCCUGUAUAAUUUAUUAUGUGAUUUAGUUUAUUUUAGACUAGCAACACUGGAUUUUGAAGAAAAAAGGAAAUUGAUUUAUGAAAUCUAUUUAUAGAGUAGCCAAACAUAUUUGGUGUAUAUUGUGUAGUUUUACUGUUGUAGAACUAUAAAAAAGCAAAAUUGCUAUGUAUUUAAAUAAAUUGUUUAAUUUUAAAGCACCUUGCUAGGAAAAGGUGACUUUGAGCAGGAUAAAAUCUUAAGAUAUACAAAGUUGUGGGGCAAAUUUUCAAACAGAUUAUUUAUUAUUUGUAAAUAACAGUGAUAUAUGCUCAGUUACACAAAAUUGUUUUGAAUAACCAUGAUAUUUUAUUGAAAAGAAAAGUUUAUAUGAUUUAAUGAAGAGAAUAGAGCCUGAUGUUAUUAGCAAUAACAGGAUUUCGGAUAAUAAUGGGGACUGAAACAACGUAAAGCAUUUAUACUGUCAGGUUGUUGGAUAUUAGUUGCCAUUUUAGGCAUCCCUAGGAGACUUGUGUAAAUAUUUAUUGUAAAGAAAUGUAAUAAAAGUAUGAAUGUAC